AGCCGAGAUACCAACGUGUCUCCUUUCGUGAGGAAAUUCAACGCUUCUUUUAGUGAUUAGCCUUUAUUUCUCCGUUCUAAUCUCCUAUGAUUAUGGAUCCUUUUCUCCAGAAGGCUGCAGAAGUUAGUAAGAAACAUCCAAAACCUGACAUGAAAUUCAGUUAUGGAACCGCAGGGUUUCGUACGCUAGCUGACAAUCUGGACUCUGUGAUGUUUCGCAUGGGCUUGCUAGCAGUUCUGCGUUCAAAGGCCAAAGAUGGACAAGUAAUCGGCGUGGUCGUCACUGCUUCUCAUAACCCAGAGCACGAUAAUGGCGUGAAACUUGUAGAUCCUUUUGGCGAGAUGCUACAGCCAUCUUGGGAGAGACAUGCAUCGGAACUUGCCAAUGCUGAAGAUGUGGCUGAAGUCCUGAGGGGGGUAGUCACAGAACACGGUAUCGAUUGGAAUGUCCCAGCUAAAGUUUUCAUCGCAAGAGACACCAGACCGAGUGGUAAACAGUUCGUGCAGGCUCUAGCGGAAGGAAUUGAAGCUUUGGGUGGAUCGUAUCAGGAUUACGGUGUUUUGUCAACCCCUCAGUUGCAUUACAUGGUGAGAUGUGCCAAUACAGCCGGUGAAUAUGGCGAGGCCACAGAAGAGGGAUAUUACAAGAAGAUCUCCAAGGCUUUCCUUCAUCUGCGUUCACUAUCAGGCAAAACUGAUGUACCAGUUAUUAAGCUGGAUGGUGCAAAUGGAGUAGGAGCUCUAAAAAUCAAAGAAAUGGCCCAGCACCUGAAUGAUACCCUCUCCAUUUGGGUGUGUAAUGAUGGAUCAACUGGAAAGCUCAACGAAAAGUGUGGUGCUGAUUUUGUCAAGCUUCAUCAACGUGCUCCUGAAGGAAUGGUUAUAACCCCAGGUGAUCGUUGUGUCACAUUCGAUGGCGAUGCCGAUCGAGUCCUGUAUUUUUAUUUCAACAAAGAAAAUAAAUUUUGUUUGUUAGAUGGAGAUAGAAUUGCCACCUUGAUGGUGGGUUACCUGAAAGACAAACUUGAUAAAACAGGAGUGACACUCGAAAGAGGUUUAGGAAUAGUCCAGACAGCUUAUGCCAAUGGUAGCUCAACAUCCUAUGCCGAGAGCACCCUUGGUGUUCCUGUAGCUUGUGCAAAGACAGGAGUGAAGCAUGUUCACCACAAAGCUGAAGAAUUUGAUAUUGGAGUCUACUUUGAAGCAAAUGGCCAUGGAACUGUGCUGUUUACAAAGGAUGUUGUGGCCAAGAUGAAGGCUAUUGUUCAAGACACUGAUGCUGGCACCGAGAAGCACAAAGCAGCUGAAAAGUUUUUAAGCAUGGUAGAUCUUAUCAACCAAACUGUGGGUGAUGCCAUGAGUGACAUGUUAGUGGUUGAAACCAUCCUUUAUGAAAAGGGGUGGAGCUUGGAGGACUGGGGAGCCGCAUACACAGACCUCCCCAAUAGGCAACGCAAAGUCACCAUCAAGGAUCGCACAGUCAUUAAAACAACAGAUUCUGAGAGGAAGACUACAGCUCCAGAGGGGCUUCAAGAAGAAAUUGAUAAGCUUGUUGCCGGGUAUAAAAGUGCAAGGUCCUUUGUGCGACCCUCUGGUACUGAGGAUGUUGUCCGUGUUUAUGCAGAGGCAGACACAAGAGAAGCAGUGGAUUCUUUGGCACGAGAAGUCUCUCAGAUAGUUUAUGAUUUAGCUGGUGGUAUUGGAGAGAGACCUUAAUAGCACUGAACAGAAGUUUGUUUAAUUUCACCUGCUGCAAAAGCAGCUGUUUUUCAUACUUUUCCUCAGGUUUCAGAUCUAAGAAUAUCCACUGUUAAUAAAGUUUGUAGGUAGGGUACUUACAACUUCAGAAUGAACUAAUAUAUUUUGAAUAUACUGAAAACUAAUUCAUUUCCCUGUAAUUGUCAUCAAAAUGAUGUUGUCAGAGGGUAUAAACCAAAGAUUUGCCACCUUAAAAUUUUUUUUUUUUUCAUUGACUAACUAUCAAGACACAUGUAUAUUCUGCAUUUGCAAGUUAGGAAAUUAAUAGAUAAAUUUGGAAGUAGAGUAUUAUGGGCAAUACUGUGUUGUUGCAUUUUAAUGUGUAUAAUUUUUUGAAGGAAAACUGGUAACUAGGGUAUGGGUUGGGAACUAAGAAAAUAUAUUCAUGCAAUACAUUGAAAAUGCAAGACUUCUUUGUCUGUUUAAGAACUGGAAACAGCAGUUACCCAUCAUCCUUUUUCUCCAUAAUGAGGAGAAACUGGGAUGACUGUGGUUAUCCCAUAGACAGCAAAGGUCUUUAGUGCUUUUCUCUCUGAGAUGUUUCUGAUAAUGCAUUUCAUAUCAGCUCAUCUUUCAACAUCUCCUUCAAUACCAAUAACCAAGGAGAUGCUCUUUCUUUUGACUGCAGUAUCAGUAUGGUUAUCCUCCACUUUGCAUUCUAUACCGACAUGAAUUUUAGCUACAGUAUGAUAGGAAAAUUUGUCAGACAAUC